AUGGUAAAUGCCCAAGAAUAUUUAAACUCAAAUUACCCCAAAGAAGAAAGAGAAAGUAUAACUAAAUUAGAACUCAAUAAUAGGGAAUUAGAAGGUCAUUUAGAUUUAAGUGAUUUUACCAAACUUGAAGAAUUAUAUUGUUAUGAUAAUCAAUUAACUAGUUUGGUCAUCAGUAAUUGUUCCAAAUUAAUUACUCUUGAUUGUUCAACUAAUGAACUAACUACUCUUGAUUUGAGUAAAAAUUUAGAACUUAAAAAUUUAAAUUGUUAUAGCAAUAAGUUAGAAGAGAGUGUUUUUUGCUUGCCUUCUAACAAAGAAAAAUUGAAUUCAAUUGUCUUGUUCAAUAAUAAUUUUUCAGGAGAUUUAGCAAUUUUCAGGGAAUACGUUAAUUUGAAUCUUUUAAACCUAAAAAAAAAUCGUUUUACUGGUUCCUUAGAGUAUUUAAAAAGUUUGAAUGAAUUGAAAGAUUUAUAUAUUGAUGAUAAUGCUGAUAUUAAUCUUGGUUUAGAAUAUUUGCCUGACAGUAUUGAAAGGUUUAGUUGUAAAGUUUUCGAAGUAUUUAAUGACAGUUUUGUCUCGAAAAUAGGGAAAAUUUUUAAUAAAUUAAAUGAGUUAAAGAUAAGUUACUCAAAAGAAGAGGAUGGACUAAAAGAUGGGGAAAUUAUAAUCAUAAAACAUGAAAAAAGUGUUGAGUUUAGAACUUUCCAAACUAAAGAAGAACAUUUAAAAUUGAAUGAAUAUCCAAAUCUAGAAAAAUUGAUUAUUAAUGAAAGAAGAGGACAAAAAUUAUUAAAUGAUAUUGAUUUAGACAAGUAUAUUAAGGGUGUCAAUCGUAAAGAUUGGAGAGUUAUUUAUGUUAGCGAAAACCAUCCUGAAAUCAAGCGAUUAUUAAGAGAAAGAAAAUUACAAGAGAAAAAGCAAUUUACUGUUCGCUAUGGAAAACCAGAUAAAGAGGAGAAUAAUUUUUGA